UGUCACUAUCGCCUGGUCUCCUUGAAGGGAUCCACAUCGUCCAUGUUACUCUUUGAGAAUCAGACAAAUCCUGUCCUACUUGUCCAGACAGACCACAACAAGUACAAAGUCAAGUGGCAGUGGAAAUCCACACAACUGUGCUUCCAUCCAGCUACAUAGGAAGUGAAGCGACACACGACUGUGUUCAGGCCAGACGGUGUCAAUGGUAUCUGUUGCUGAGCUUUACUAGCGGAACUAUAUAGUGACUACUGUUGAAUGGACUAGGAACAAAAACUGAUUCCAAUAUUGUUUGUUUCAUGUGACAGAAAGAUUAGGCGGAAGUGAAUCAUACAGAAUCAUGGGUGGAAGAUCUACAAGAUAAACAUCAACCUUCGCAGCAGCCAGCACCUGCUCUGCUGUUCCCAGUUGACGACGACGGCGGCGGGGGCGACGACGAAGAAUGGCGCGAUGACCUAUGGGCGGAGAUUCGGUUACUUUGAGAGGGUGGCAGGGGCAUUCUGUGGAGUUGGACUAGGAAUCACAAUCCUAUGUGGGCUUGGCUUGUCCUGUGUGGGCAGACAUGGCGUCUCGGCUGCCACCGAUUUCGCCUCCGCCUGUCAUACGUCCUACUAUAAUACUCCCGAGUGUAUAGACCACCCGGACGGCUAUGGAUGCGAGUGUGGCUCCGGCUUCCACUGGAACACAGAGAAGUGCAUGUCUACUGCCAUAGACUCGCGCCUGGAAUUCAAGGAGAAACGGCCAAAGCGAUACACGCUGUUACUAGGGAAAGGUUUCCCACAGGUGAAGGCUUUUACCAUAGUGUAUUGGAUUCGUCUGAGUAAGAACCAUUCCUCCACCGAUAAUGGCACCAUUCUCUCCUACAAACAGGGCACCACCCUCGAUAUCAUACAGAUGGGAGUCGACCACAGACUCUGGUUUCGCCUCUUUGACCGAGUGAAAUAUACCAGGAUCAUUCUUCCUGCCGGCGAGUGGGCCCACGUGGCUUGGACAUGGAACGGGAAGGAUGGUUCAUGGAAACUGUACUGGAAUACAAAAGAGGUCAACAGUGGCCGGCGAAGCGCGUUCCGGAAGCCUGUGCCCGGGGGAGGGGAGUUUGUAUUAGGCCAGGCGUCUCGAGAGGCCUUCGAUUUUGACUCAAGUGUGGCAUUCAUGGGUGACCUUGCCCAUCUGCAUGUGUGGGACUUUGUCAUGAGUCAUGAUGACAUCGUCUGGCUGAAUACCUCCUGUACAUUUAUGUAUUGCGGGAACGUCGCGCAGUGGGCUGACUUCCGGAGUGGAACACGAGGUGCCAUGCGCAUGAGAUGGCCUUCCGGUAUUCUAAAAGAGAAAUGUAAAACAGCUGAAGAGGAGGCGGUCACGUGUAACAAGCACUGCAGUUUAACUAUAGGUGCACAAUGCAACAAGGUCAUUGUUGAAAACAUCGUUUGGGAACGGACGAAAGCUGUCAAUUAUCUCAACGUGUCAUGUCCUGGCCAGGAACACAUGGAGGCUACCAACGACACAGUGGAAAACGCCACCAGACUAUGUGACCAGACCAAACAGAAUGACGGGAUAUGGGGAAAGCCUUUCAUAGACAAGUGUAUCUCCAAGGACCUGAUGGAAAUCAAAGACAAAGUUAAGAGAGCUUUUAAAGGAGCAGACUUGAACGAAAGCAUUGUCUUCUACCUGGCGGAAUUAUUGCUAAACCACACCAUAAACAAUGUGUACACAAACCCCAUAGACGUUGCCACGGUCAUAGACCUGCUGGCUCUCGUGGUGGAUACUCAGGACGAGGUUGCUAUUCUCCAAGAGAAGAAAUGGAGAGAAGGACGGAAUCUGUAUGCUCAAACUGUAAAUGUUGUCAGAACAAAGGAAGAAACGAAAAACUUUACAGAGGUAAUCAUUCGGACGGUUGACAACCUGUUGUCACGAAGAAAUGACGUAGGCUGGAACGCUACCAAACCGGCCGGUGUGGAGGGUGACAAUCUGCUCAGCGCUCUGGAGGCAUUCGCUAGGACCGUGGCCAAGACCAUACAGUACAAUAUCCAUAUAGGCACGGUAGAUGUCAACGACGCCUCCAUUUUCGAGGCCAGAGGCAACAUCGAAUUUAAAGUUGACGUGCAAGAAUCGAGUCUAUUUCGGGGAUAUACCUACCCUUCCAGUCUUGACAAGAAAAUGAUGGAAACCCCCAACAAUAUUGGAGAGAUACGGUUACCAGAUAUUUUAAAGACGCAGAACGCUUCGUCUAUACCUGGCUUUAUUUUGACUGCCAGUUUUCGCUUCAAACAUCUUGCCAUGUACCUGCCAAAUCACGAUCUCUUAACGAAAAGUAAGGAGGACAAUGUGAACACUCCUAUAAUUGCCCUGUAUGUGUUUGCCGGCGAGGCCCCCUUCGUCCACAAUCUGUCAUCCCCUAUAGUGUUCAAACUACCAUUCCUUGACACAUUCAACAUAUCAAAUCCGGAAUGUGUUCGUAUUAGACACAAUUCAAUAUCCGCUGAGUGGCGCUGGCUGCGAAAUGAUUGUCAUCUCAUUUGGCAGGACGGUAUCUCGGCCCUUUGUGGCUGUUCCAUCCCUGGUGUCUACGCCAUUACUACAGACAUGUACAACGACCACUGGGACAAGGGAGAAAAACGUCCAAUACUGAUGAAUGCCGCGUCCUACAUUGGUUGUGCACUGUCCGCCCUAUUGUGCCUUGCGACGUUAGCUAUCCAUCUUUACUGCAAAACAUCGUCUGCCAUAGCUUCGCUUCAUAAAAAUCUAGCGUUAUCGAUUUUCUUCAGUCAGAUCGUAUUCAUGAUAGGAAUAGAUCGAUAUGAAAAUCAAGUCGUGUGCGAGGUGUUUGCUGUCCUAAUCCACUAUUUCGUACUUUCAACAUAUUCUUGGUUGAUGAACGAAACUUUUAACCUAUAUACCACAGUGACAUACUCUGCACAUGCGCAACAUCAAGACCUCUCAGAUUCCGGCUCUUUCCUGCGCUACACAUUUUUAGGAUGGAUCCUUCCAGGCGUGUUUGUUGGUGCUUUUGUUGGAUCGCAAGGUGAAACGUACUACGCUAAAGAUAUGUGUUGGAUCGCAUGGGACAACCUGUGGUUAUUUGUCGGGCCGACACUUGGUAUAGUUACGGUGGCAAUCAUGGUUUUGAUAUUAACAGCGAAGGAACACAACGAAAACUCGUAUACUAAAAGUGAAAAAACCAACAAAGUUCUCACAAUACAAAUGAAAGGGAUGUGGACACAGAUUAUACUGGUCACAGUUAACUGGUCCUUCGCCUUCCUGUCCCUUAAGAUGCACGACUCGAUUAUCAAGUACCUCUACGCUCUGAUGAAUGUUUUACAGGCGAUGUUUUUCACGGUGUUUAACCUUCUUCAUGAAGAGAUUCGAAAUGUACUGAAGGCUAAUGAGAAACUUAAGACAUUAUCAACUCCGGGAAUUGAUCCAGAAGUAGACGAACGCUCCAUCGACUCAUUGGCGUCAACACCUCUAGUGGAAAAGGACAUUAAAGAAGCACUGCCUUUGGAGAAAAAGCGCAUGGGUAGAGAUCGUACUCGUGAAAGAAAAUCCCAGAUCGAGGCUAGUAGUGAGGAAGAGAUCGAGCGGGAAGGAUCGGACUGUGAAAUGAUUACUAGCCUAUGAGCUCCGGUGCUGAAUAUCACAGGAACAUUUGUGUACUGACUAUAAUACUAAAGCAUGAAUGAUCAAUACAAUAUAAAUGCCAGUCCAAUGUAUGAGAACUGACGUGUGUAACUUGGCCAGUGGUAUCUCAUAUAUUAUUAACUGAUACACGACCAGAACAAUAAUAAGUGAGAUAAACUCGCUAAUUGCCUGUCUGUUUCAGCUUAAAUCAUUUAGGGAAUCACUAUAACCUCGUCUUCAUGUACAAAUUGUUUAUAUAUUUUAAAAUGUUUCAUUACGUGACAUUAAGUGUAUACCACGUGACAUGUAUGUUUCAUUUGGUACAAUCGUUGACGUAUAACCUCCGCGGUGAUGUAUAAACCGUAUUAAAACAUUGAGUGUUUUAAACUCAUACCCCAGUAUCCACAGCACACAUCCUGCCAAAUACAAUUUGUAUAUGUACGAUUAUUACUUCCUAGGUAAACGUAGUGUUUAAUAUUCUAGUCGACUUGAGUAAACUGUGGCGGUCAAAUCCUAAAGAUCACUUGGUACUGUUUCUGUUUCGAAACAACAUUGAUAAGGUUUUAUACACUUUGUAUACAUACAUAUAUGUAUACAUCAAUUAAUAGUGUUGAGAUAUUGAGAUUGAUACAGACACGAAUGUAAGUAUUAGACAUAAAUAAUUGUGUAGUAUAUGUUUGAGAAUAGAUCUAUAUUUAGCAGAUACAGAAUAAGUAAUUAUUAGUACGAAUGGGAAUGGAGCUAGCUAUUUAUCAACUAUUGAUGUCUAUACCGGACGCUGUAGAAGAAUUGUGUAUGUCAGAGUGUGACCGGCGUGGCUGUGGACGCUGUUCUAGGUAGACACACAGUCCACUAGGUAGAGAUGUUCUACUAGGUAGACUGUCCUAGGUAUACAGUACACCAGGUAGACUAUCCUAGGUAUACAGUACACUAGGUAGACUGUCCUAGGUAUACAGUACACUAGGUAGACUGUCCUAGGUAUACAGUACACUAGGUAGACUGUCCUAGGUACACAGUACACUAGGUAGACUGUCCUAGGUAUACAGUACACUAGGUAGACUGUCCUAGGUAUACAGUACACUAGGUAGACUGUCCUAGGUACAAAGUUCACUAGGUAGACUGUCCUAGGUACACAGUACACUAGGUAGACUGUCCUAGGUAUACAGUACACUAGGUAGACUGUCCUAGGUACACAGUACACUAGGUAGACUGUCCUAGGUAUACAGUACACUAGGUAGACUGUCCUAGGUAUACAGUACACUAGGUAGACUGUCCUAGGUAUACAGUACACUAGGUAGACUGUCCUAGGUACAAAGUUCACUAGGUAGACUGUCCUAGGUACACAGUACAUUAGGUAGACUGUCCUAGGUAUACAGUACACUAGGUAGACUGUCCUAGGUAUACAGUACACCAGGUAGACUGUCCUAGGUAUACAGUACACUAGGUAGACUGUCCUAGGUACACAGUACACUAGGUAGACUGUCCUAGGUACACAGUACACUAGGUAGACUGUCCUAGGUACACAGUACACUAGGUAGACUAUCUUAGGUACACAGUUCACUAGGUAGACAGUGCCCUAGUGAGAUACACAGUGUCAUGGGUAGGCGUUUGCCCUAGCUAGGAAUACAGUGUAUCCUUGGUAGGCGUUGCCCUAGUUAGGUACACAAGGCACAGACAGUAGACGGCGCUCCAACCAAUAUACAAUGCGCUAGGUACGUACAAAGUAUCGUCAGUAGACAAUGAUCGAACCAAUAUACAAUGCGCUAGGUACGUACACAGUAUCGUCAGUAGACAAUGCUCUAACUAGUAGACAUCGCGCUUGGUACGUACACAGUAUCGUCAGUAGACAAUGAUCGAACCAAUAUACAUUGCACUAGGUACGUACACAGUAUCGUCAGUAGACAAUGCUUUAACUAGUAGACAUCGCGCUAGGUACGUACACAGUAUCGUCAGUAGACAAUGAUCGAACCAAUAUACAAUGCGCUAGGUACGUACACAGUAUCGUCAGUAGAUAUUGCACUAGGUACAUACACAGUAUCGUCAGUAGACAAUGCUCUAACUAGUAGACAUCGCGCUUGGUAAGUACACAGUAUCGUCAGUAGACAAUGAUCGAACCAAUAUACAUUGCACUAGGUACGUACACAGUAUCGUCAGUAGAUAUUGCACUAGGUACGUACACAGUAUCGUCAGUAGACAAUGCUCUAACCAGUAGACAUCGCGCUUGGUACGUACACAGUAUCGUCAGUAGACAAUGCUCUAACCAGUAGACAUUGUGCUUGGUACGUACACAGUAUCGUCAGUAGACAUUGCACUAGGUACGUACACAGUAUCGUCAGUAGAUAAUGUUCUAACCAGUAGACAUUAGACACUAGAUAGAUACCUGCUUAGUGUAACAUUAACACAAGUGUCAAUUGAUCUCCAUAUAAACAGCUUUAUAUAUAUAUUAUUGAUUUGUGUAUAUGCUUUACACAAGGGAGAAGAUGUUUAUCUCGUGUAAACAUUAUAUUAUGUAUCCAAGUGAGCGUGUUAUACACAGUAAAAGUUCUCAUCGGUGCCUUCAAUAUACCUAGAGGUACUUUAUACAGGUAACAGUCACCAUAAGUAACAAGGAAUAAAAAAUACGCUCUGUACAAUGUAUUUGUGACUUUAAGGUAAUAUUACUUUUAUUUAGCUCUUGCGAGGAACCAACAGGUCACCAGGUACUGACCGUAGGCCGGUGGUUUUUCUCCGGGUACUAUCCAACUUCAAAACCUGGCACGUCUUUAAAUGACCCUGGCUGUUGAUAGGACGUUAAACAAAAACAAACCAAACCAACAGGUCAUGCCUAGUGGUUUCCCCAGGGCGAGGUCGACACUAACGGGGAUGACUAUCAAUAUCUUGCGUAGCUUGUACAGAGGACUUCGGGUACAUAAACCCCCGAACUAUUGGAUGCUGAAUGUAUCUUAAUGAUCUGACAUAUUGUGUUAUCAUUCGUUAAGAUCUAAUAUCAUUUUCUUCCACGUCAAACAGUUAUACAAAUAAUGCUGAAAUGGUACGAAAUGCCAAACAUUAUGUAGAUUUGUAGCUGGUACUGACUGAACGAGAAGCAACUAUCAGCCAGUGACACUACGACACCUGUAAUUGAAACACCAAUGAAGUAUUGUGUCGUAAAUUUAGUUAAAAUGUCAUUGCAGCCUGUUUUAUCGACCAAGGUAAUUAAGACAUGCAUGUGAUUGUUAGGGUGCGUCAUCCUCCAGUGUUGUACCACGAGUAGUGUGUUUUAAGUGUGUGUUAUUGUGUGGGGAAAUGGAUGUGAGUGUGUGGGAAGAUGUAGGUGUGGAAGGUGUUAAUCAUGAGAGGGUAUUAAGGUGUGAGUGGGAGAGCGCUAUAAUGGGUGGUCAUUGGAAGUGUUAAUAUACAGGUGCCAGUGAAAUUCAUUCGUGGAAACAUAGACAUGUAAAUAGUUGCUUGUGUCGGCUCUACGUAUAUAUGUGUUAAUAGUUAAACUGAUUGAUAGGUCUGAAAUUAUCUAAUUGAAUGCUCCACGUCGGGGGAUCUUACAAAUAUUGACGUCGCUAACAAAGUCCUAACAAAUACAUGUCAUAUUGUGUGCUUUUUCGAUCGUUUCGUUGUGACCAUUAUCAUCAUGUAUGCUAUGUUAUUAGAAUAAUUGUAUAAAAUAAACAGUUGUGCAUUUUUA